AGAGUGAACCCUGUGCAUCGGUAGUGGACUGCGCGGCGGUUCUGCACAGACCACAGUCGUCCGAAGACCUCCGUCGCCGUCGUAGUGCUUCUUUUUUCUCUUCUGUCUGUGUUUACAGGUGGGUAAAUAUUAUUGCACCAAAAGGGAACAAUUAUCGUGUAACUGCGUGUUGCGCGUUUAAUUGAAUAAGCGGUAGGCACUCGAACUCCGAAUACAAUAAUUAAUGUCUCCGCGAUGUUAUGUAGAUGCCGUUCUUAGUAAAAUAACGCCAAUUGUAUUUUACGUAUUUUGCAUAUUUUGGCGGUUUUACAUUGUUUCGCAUUAUUGCGACGCAUAUUUUUAUUAAUUAUUUUAUUUAGUGCAAUAUUAAGUAAAUACAAACUCACCGACAAACGAAAUAAUUAUUAUUAUUAUUAUAGUCAAGUAGCCGUUUGAACCGUUUCAAGUCGCUGACAUAGUCACUGGCAACUGCAAUACUGUCCCGUCACAUACCGGCAACAGGAUCGUUUCGAAUAUUAUUAGCAACCGAUUAUUCGUUUAAAGGUAUAUAUUUUUAUUUUAUUUUUUUUUUUUCUAAAAUCAUAUUUUAAGACGUACGUCGGGUUAGGUUAAGUUAUUUACGCGUAAAUUUGCGUUCAACGAUUUUGCGCCAAUAUACAGUUUUAAUGUUAUAGAGUCAAUCGAUCCGUUAUCAAAUUCAAUGGGGGGGGGGGAACACGCGUUUGAUACGUUGAAAUUUUCGUUAUUUCAAUAUUUUCAUGCGAUAACAGAGCUUGCGGAAUUUUACAAUUGAAAAUAAAAAAAGUGUAGCCCUGUUUGAAAAUUGAAAUCCCAAGAAAACCUACUAUCAAACAGUGUUAGACUUUAUUCCUUUCGAGUUCGAUAACCAGAGAAUCCGCUCAGAUAUCAAAACGAACAGAGCGAAAUUAGUUCUAAAUAGGAACGCAAAUUUCCUUUGGCGUACGUUUUUAAGACGGAGACGACAAAUUAUUAGAACUGUACCGAUUUAUGUUAUGAUAUAUUAUGAUGCCGAUAUAAAAAACCAAUAACUGAUCUGAUAUUUUAUUUUCUUGGAUCCAGAAACCGAUAUGAAAAAACCGAUUUUUCUUUUAGAUUUUGAGCGGAACCAGAAAUGUAUUGGUUUUACAAUGGUUUUUAUUUUAUUUUGCUCUGAUUUACAAUGAUAGCACUUUUUCUAAAAGGAAAUCUGGCUGGGGAAGUACUUUAAAGUGGCCAUUUUUUGAUAUUCCCUGGAGUUUUCCCAAUAAAUAGGAAAACAUGGGGAAUAUAGGUACAAUAUUAAACAGAUAUUUUUAAAGAAAAUAUACAAUGCAUAUGUAAUUAUGUUACCAUAAUUUGAUGCAUAUUGUUGAUAAUAACCAACACUAUCAACCGAAUUCCGCUCAGAAUCGUUUUUUUUCGUUAGCAAUAGUUGCUUACAGAUAUUAUAUAUUAAAUUAGAUACCUAUAUUAGUGAUUGCACGCGUCCCCCCCCCCCAUUAUCCUAUAGGAAAGCUUUUUUUUCGAUAAAAAUAUAAUUUUAAUGCUAAUUUAUACAGUUUUCGUACUGUUAAACCGAAAAUAAUUCGUAAAGAGAAAAGAUUUGGAAUAAACGAGCCACUAUUAUUAGUAAAUUGUAUUAUAAUUGAUAUUUAGGUAUAAACUGUAAACUAUAGGUAUAACGCGCUAUACAUCAUAUGUUUAUACUAUUAACGGUCUGUGGUUAAACCUGGCAAGACGGUACCCGUGAUGGAAAAUACAAACGUAAAACAUUAAUAUUGUACCUAUAGAGUGAUCAACAAAAUGCAAUACGCUCGUUGUCCCGGAAAGAGUUAAUUGUUUAAUUUUUUUUUUUUUUUUUUUUAAGACUAUAAGCGCAAAUAUAAGGUAGAACGAGGCUUUUCUACAAAUCCAUAAAUUAUAAAUUAUUAAUGUAUUCACUUCUUGGCCAAAAAAAAAAAAAGUCAAUUUUUGUUAUAUCUUAGACCCAGUUGCUGAGAUUGUAAAUCGUUUUUUGAUUUUUCCAGCAGUUUUCAUAAUAAUAUUGGGAAAAACAGAAAAAAUAUGAAAAUGAAAACGAACAAAUUUAUUUUUUUAUCCAUUUCGGAAUAAACCUUCUUGAGUGUAUACUAUAUAUAUAUAUAUGUAGGUAUCUAUUUACGCAUAACUGAGACUAAUCCUUACAUUUUUAAUACGAUUUUUUUCUUCUCUCACUCGCUUAUAUCUAUAAUACGUAUCCAAUUAUAACGUUCACAGUGUUGUACGUAGGACACUCAAAAAAAAAAAAUAAUAAAAUAACUAUUGUUUAUUACUAUUAUUAUUAUUUAUUUCGACGAUAUUUUUGAUUAAAUACGAUUUUUUUUUUUCUGUGAGCAUAUUACAUUAUACUUUCGAGUGUACACAGGUAGACGAUUGUAGAUCAUUAUAAAUAUGUGGUUCCCGACCUUUUUGUGACCAUUAACAAUACAUUGGGUUAGAUAUUAUCGAAUAUCCUCCCCCCUCCCUCCCCUCCCCAAAAAAAAUUUAAUUUAAAAACCUAAAUAAUAUUUUUAAUCGACGAUACCGAUCAAUGAACACGGCAUCGAUAAGUAGGUAUUUGAGUGUACGACACUAAUUGGCUAGCAGUGUACGACUGACAGUUGCAAACCAUUGUAUAUUGAUAUAAUUUUAUAAUAAGAUAUCUGUCAUCUUUUAUCUGAUUGUCCAUUGGAUGUUCCAUAAAGGAAUUUUUCGAAUGUUUAUACAAGUUGUCGAUAGACGAACGCUGUAACAAAAAUAAUCCUAAGAAACCUAAAAUAACAAUGUAAAAAUAUCAUAAAAACUACAAGAAACUGCCGGUCUUAGUUCAUAUGGUUAAAUCUUAAAUGGAUAUAAUAAAUAUUUGAAAUACAACUCAAGUAAUAAUAUAUUUAAUAUUUAACGUCCUAAUAGUACUAUAUAGAAAUAUUAUUAAAAUUUCAUAAUAUUUACAUUACAAAUUUCAAAUAUUAUUGUUGGUAAAAUUAAAAAAAAAAUAAUAAUAAUAAUAAUAAUCAAUUUAAUUGGAGAUAUUCAAGGGAUAUAUCUUCGUGGGACAACCUGUAUAAUUCAUAAUAAUACGUGAUGCAUGAAAUAACAAAUAAAAAAAAAAUUGGCCUUAUCUUUAACACUCAGAAAAUUUCGUUUUACUCCCAGGUCGAGAACCGCUAUUCUAAAUUAUGGAAUAAUUCUACUCGAGUGUUACAUCGAUCCAUUGCCAUCAUAUUUGUGAUCAAUUUAUCACCAUUUCUUGUACUAUCCCUGUCUAAAUUUUAGUAUUUUUGUUAAAAUGUAGAUGAAAUGAGGAGGGGGGGGGAUGGGCAUUUGAAAAUUUUAAAUUAAUAUCGAUGUAAAAUAUAUGGAAUAGGGGUACAAAUUGAAAAAUGGGUUGGUUAAAAUAUAUAAGUAAUUAAUCAUUUCGUAAUGAUUAAAAUAAAAAACGGAAAUCAAAUUUAUUUAAAAUCCUAGAAAAUUGCUAAGUCGUGAUAAAAUAAUCGCUCAGUCCAAAAGCUGAAUGAAUAGACGUAUAUAUUUAUUUUUGUUGUUUUUUUUUUUGUGAAAAAUUGUAUAAAAAAUAUCGAUCUCGUAUAAAAAAAAAAAAUUGAUUUAGGACGCCGCAGGUAUGUAUUUAUAAUAUAAAAAUGGUGACGGAUACGCCGUCCGCCGCCGUCUAUCUCCUCGCUUUUGUGGUUGUAGAAUUAUUGUUCUUACUAUUUCUUUUCGUACCGCUGAAUAACUUAUAAUAUUGUUCCUACUUAUCGAGUAUAAUAACACUUUCUAAAUUUAGAACAAGUGAGUAUUGGAUUGUGGUUGUUUUUUUUUUUUUUUCGAAAAAGUAAAACGAUUCAAGAUCGUUAACACGUUAACAGCCGCCGCUACUUAUAUAUUGACGCGAAUAGGCCGAUGGGAAAUAUUGCUAUUGUACGUAAACACGAAUAUUCAAAGUUAACAAAAAAAAAAAAAAAAAAUAAUACUAAUAAUAGUAAUAUAGUAUUUUUUAUUUUUAAUCUAGUUUAGAUCAUAACAAAUUAUCAUCGUAUGAAUACUUAUUUAUUUAUUUAUUUAUUUAUUUCGUAUGGCAUUGUAUGCCUGCUAAAUUACGAUCACUAUGGUGUUUAUCUUGGAAUUUGAAUAUUAUUUUUGAAUUUGACUCUCACAGCUGCUGCAGUCAUCAGCUACUAAUGUGCCUAAAUAAAAGUACCUACACGUUUGUCGAACACAGACGUUACAUCUAAAUUUCGUGUAGCCAGUCGCUACGUUUCGUCUUUGGCUUUCCGUUGUCACUUAGCAUGUGCAUAUAGUAUCGCGUACCAAUCUAUUUGAACUCUGGAGUUUAGGCAAGUACAUAUUUUCUAAUUAUAAUUUACACCAAUUUAAAUAACUAUACGGAUAUUAUUAUUUAUAAAUUUACAAUUAUUAUUGGAUACGUACAAAUGUACAUAUACAUCUUUACAGUCCCGUACGUUUCCCCGUCCCUCCCCCACUUGAUUUUAAAGUAUGACAUUUUUCUUGGCCCAACCGUUAGUAUUGAAUAGUAGAACAAAAGUACCUAACCUAACCUAUACCGUACAUAGGUAAUGAUAUUUAGGUAGACAUAUUUGUAUACAUUUUUCGCAAGUAAUCGAAUGAAAAUUAGUUAUGGUUAUUUAUUAAAUACUUACAAUUAUUCGAAAAUAGACCAGUAAGAAAGAGAUAGUAAUAUAAGCGUACGCACGAGGUAGGCAGGAGAGGCGGCAGUCCCCGGUGAGAUUUUCCACAAAAAUAUUUUUUAAAACAAUAUGUUAGAUAUACAUUUUUUUUUAAAUAUUAAACCCUAAGCUACCUUUAAUUUUGACCCCCCUCCUCGAAUACUCAACUAAGCCUCCUAAAAUAAAUUCCUCAUCAAGUAAAUACUAAGUAUAGAUUUCAAUAUUAUCGGGGCUUAAGCCACCUUCAAAAAUAUUGGCAUUAAUUUUGCUUAUGUUUUUUGUGUACCUUAGGUUAAAAAUCAUUGUCAUGGGGAUAAGCACCAGAAAUAAGAAACAAUUCAUUACAUUUAAGUACAAAUACAUUUAUUUUACGAAAUAAAUAAAAAUGAAAACUUGUUUGUUAUCAUUUAAACUGUCCUCUCAAAUUAUAUCGUGUUCAAUUUUUGGAACUUCGUGUAGAUAUAAUGGUACCUAGGUGGAAAAAUUUUUUUUUUAACAACUUAAAUUUUUAGAUUUUGAGCGCAGCGAGGGAGCUAUUGAUUUUACAAUGCUGUUUAUUUUUUAUUUUUUCUUUCUUUGUUCUAGUCUGUGGACACGCUUUUCCCUAGUAAACUUGCUCGUGUGACUAUUUCUCCGAAAGCUUAAGUUAUCUAGAUGGUACAUUAUAUCGGUAGUUUUUUAAUUUUCAACGAAAUUUUUUAAAUAAAAUCACUCAAGUUGGAAAAAACGUAGGAAAACUUACAAUUUCACGGUUUCAUUAUUUUAUAAAAACACGGACGAUGUUUUCUACCAGAAAAAAUGAUUAAAUCGAACAAUCACAAGAUAUCUUUGUUAUUUACAUUCAUAGCCAAAACUUUCGAGAUUUUAAAAAAUUUUAAUUCUUUGGAGUUUUUUACUGUAAUUCGGUUAUAUAUACGCGUAGACACCUGAAACUUGGUAAUAAUACUUAUAUUGGACUUACCUAGACGUAAUAAAAUUUCCAAAAUCAUCGGACGACUUUUUUUUUUUAUUUAAUAAGCGUUAUGAAAUAAAAUUUAAACGGUUAUCGCAAAAAAAAAAAAAAAUUAACGGCACUUCAAAUUGUAUGUAUUACCGAACUGCGCUCAGAAUCGUCUUCGUCAAGCAAUGGUUUAUCGGUGCUUACAGAUAUAAAUGAAAUAACCUUAUGUAUCCUAUCCACCCAACUUCUCAUCCACAACAGUGGCCGCUCCCAUUCCCAGUAUUGGCUCUAUUUUUUUUUUUUUUUUGGAAAUCGGAAGAGGGUAAUGUUAAAUUUAUACGGUUUUCUUAACGAAAAAAAGAGGUGGCUGUUGGCGUUCACGAGGUUAAGGUAAUUGUUUUGUCGUAUCUCGGAAAUGAUCACGUGGACACCGCUGGAUUCUGUUUUUCCGGGGACGUGAGAGUGUAUGCCUAUCCGCCCCUGAAUUUAGCGUGUACCUAUAUAUGUGUAAUAAAAUAUUAAUUAUAACGCGUAUUUUGCUGUUUACGUGUGCGAUACAGAUGGCUGCGUCAGACUACAAGAAGUCGACGGUGCAGCAGAUAAAGGACGCUCCGCUGGAAGAGUUGCGCAAGGACGCGCGCGUGUGGAUGGCGUACGAACGCGGGUGGUGCGACUUUAUGCAGGCCUACGUGGGCGCGCAGCUGAUGCAGUCCAACGCGGAAGUCGAGCUGUGCGACUAUGUGAACUAUCACACGAGGCGUACGCGACAGUUGGCCGCGGCCGGGAACGGGACGGACGCCGACGAGAUGGAACGCGAGCGCGACCGUCGCCAGCGCGCCGGACGGCCCGUCGCCACCGUAUCGGCCGCCCGCCGCCGGUGCGUGGACAAGACCGGGGCCGCGGUCGAGCCGGAGGACGACAGGGCUGCAGAACAGGAACGCGGCCGUCGCCGCCGCGCGCACUCGCCGGACGACGACGACCGUGACGCCGCCGUCUCGGCCGUCCAGGAGUCCAUGGGCCGGAUCACACUGGCGGACUGGCCGGCUUCCGGAACAUCCGACGAGGACGGUCGUUUCCGUUCGGUUUGAGACAGUGCAGAACUCGCGUGCGAACAAUAUCAUUUUACACAGCCUUAGCAUUAUCAAUAUUAUUGUAUCGGUACAUAAUAAUAUUAUUAUUAAACCUACGUACGAAAAUAUUUUAUAAUUUCAUGUAAACAAUAAUGUUAUAUAUUUGCGAAUUAUUUUAUUACAUUACGAACUGAUAUUAUUAUCAUAAUACGCUUAUCACAUCAUUGAUUAUUUUUGCAUCGAAUAUUGUAAUUCGAUAUACUAUACUUAUUUAGAAUUUUUUUUUUUUUUUUUUAUUUAUAC